GAUGGCGACCUCCACCGUUCUGUAUUAUACGGUAUCGGCAAUUGCAACAAAAGGACAUUAUUGACACACGUCAAAACUUUGUUGUUGGUUGCUGCAAAGACAAGCCGGUUUAGUAUAUCGAAUCUGAAACGCUAAAAUCUUCUCCAAUGCUUUGUACAUUUGUAUAACUGCGCGCCGUGUUGGACUGAGAGGAUUUGCAUUAACCGAGCAUGGCCACCGACAACAUAAUUCAUUUCUGGAGGAAAAACGCGAAGGUUCCAGGAAGGUUUCCUAAAGACAGCCCCAAGGGAAACAACCUCAAGUCUAAAAAAGCGUCUAGUUUCCACGAAUUUGCCCGUAGCACCAACGAUGCCUGGGACAUUGAUGACGAGGACGAUGAGGACUUCUUAGCUCCCAUUCACCCCUCAUCUCUCCCGCCCACCCUGCUCUCCACGCACCAGGUUCCUCCUCUUCCUUUACAACAACCCAGUGACACCACCAGGGAGCCAGACACAGGGCCUGCAGACCGGCUGGCUCCCCCAACAGCAGAGGGCUGUCUUCAGCAGAAGGAGGACACAGACUGUGGACAGAUCAAUGGCAGAGUGGUGGUGAAGUCCAGCAGUGAGGCCCUGCUCAACACCAAUACAGUGUGCUCCACCCUGCAGAAGCAACAGUCUCUCCCAGUUCGUCCUAUCAUCCCGUUAGUCGCCAGAAUCUCUGACCAAAAUUCCUCGGGGGCCCCAAUCAUGACAGUGCGAGACAAGAGCCGAUUGGACAAAUUCAAAUACCUUCUGUCCUGUCCUAACACCGACCUUGAGGAGCUCCGGAAGCACAGCUGGUCAGGUAUUCCACGAGAAGUGAGGCCCAUCACAUGGAGGCUUCUCUCUGGUUACCUUCCAGCCAACAUGGAGCGCAGAGACCUGGUGCUGAAGAGGAAGAGAGACGAGUAUUUUGGCUUCAUUGAACAGUAUUACCACUCCAGGACAGACGAAACUUACAAAGACACAUAUAGACAGAUCCACAUCGAUAUUCCGAGGACAAACCCACUAAUUCCACUUUUCCAGCAGCCCGCUGUGCAAGAGGUGUUUGAGAGGAUCCUCUUCAUCUGGGCUAUCCGCCAUCCAGCUAGUGGCUACGUCCAGGGAAUCAACGACUUGGUCACUCCAUUCUUUGUAGUCUUCCUCUCCGAAUUUGUUGAGGAGGACGUGGAGAAUUUUGACGUAGCGUCCCUGCCUCUUGACACCCAGAGGAACAUUGAGGCAGACAGUUUCUGGUGCAUGACCAAGCUGCUGGACGGAAUACAGGACAACUACACUUUUGCUCAGCCAGGGAUUCAGAAUAAUGUGAAAGCUUUGGAAGAAUUGGUCAGCAGAAUCGAUGAGGACAUACACAACUACUUUAAGAGGUACGAGGUGGAGUACCUGCAGUUUGCGUUCCGCUGGAUGAACAACCUGCUGAUGAGAGAGCUGCCGCUACGCUGCACCAUCCGCCUCUGGGACACAUAUCAGGCUGAACAAGAGGGCUUCUCCCACUUCCACCUCUACGUCUGUGCUGCUUUCCUGAUCGAGUGGCGUAAAGAGAUACUCUCCAUGGUCGAUUUUCAGGGUCUUCUCAUGUUACUCCAGAACCUUCCCACAAUCCACUGGGGGAAUGAGGAAGUGGGCCUUCUCCUGGCUGAAGCGUACAGACUCAAGUACAUGUUCGCUGACGCGCCCAAUCACUACAAGAGAUAGGCUUCUAUGCAAUGGUGUAAAAACAGAUUCUGAUAUACUGUUACGAGGAAUGUAAGGUUUCAUUCCUCUCUUUGAUAUGACUGACCGACUUAUAGCUUGCACACAGGUACAGAAUAAUUCACUCAAAAUGGGAACCCUCGAACCCUAUUUCUACAAUAGUUUUCUUGCAGGUUCUCUCUGUUUGUUAAGACUUGUAUUGGCAAGUUUCAUUCCACUAACACUGCAGUGUAUUAUCUCAGAGCCACUUGCUUAGACAUGUCAAUAGCAGUCUGUUACAAUUAAUGCGGUAGGCAUCGAGUAGGUUCUGGACAUACAACACAGCUAAUCCUCAACUGACUAGGUAUCCCCCUUUCCCUUUCCCUUCAACCUAACUCCUAUUAACCAUAACCUUAUGUGAGUCCUGGUAUUGGGACUCUUUACUGUCCUGGUAUUAGAACUCUUUACUGUUCUGGUAUUAGAACUCUAUACUGUUCUGGUAUUAGAACUCUAUACUGUUCUGGUAUUGGAACUCUAUACUGUUCUGGUAUUGGAACUCUAUACUGUUCUGGUAUUAGAACUCUAUACUGUUCUGGUAUUGGAACUCUAUACUGUUCUGGUAUUGGAACUCUAUACUGUUCUGGUAUUGGAACUCUAUACUGUUCUGGUAUUGGAACUCUAUACUGUUCUGGUAUUGGAACUCUAUACUGUUCUGGUAUUAGAACUCUAUACUGUUCUGGUAUUAGAACUCUAUACUGUUCUGGUAUUAGAACUCUAUACUGUUCUGGUAUUGGAACUCUAUACUGUUCUGGUAUUAGAACUCUUUACUAUACUGCAUGAAUGAAUGAUAUUUUAAUCCAGAGGGGAUAAAUACUUGGCCAUCGUUUUAUGGUCUUUUAAAUUCAAAUUCAUACUGGCAUUAAUCAGUAUUGAUUGUCUCAGAAGUUUAAACAUAUACUUGAAAGAACUCUGAAUGGAUGAUGAAUGUUUAAGUGAUCAUCGUUCAAGUUUCAGAGAGAAUAUAUUUGAGUUAUUUCGUUUUUUAUCUAACAAGAGUUUUGUGGUAAAGCUAGUCCACAUAUUUGACCACUUUGUCCCCACUUGUUCCCUUCAUGGCUAUAUUGAGUCCAGUAAAAGGCCAGUCUGAAUAUCUACUGAAGAAAUUGUCCAAUGUAGUACAACAUGAUACAGGAGGUGUCACAGCUGUUACUAAUAGCCGCUCUGUAAGACCAGGAAACGGUACUUUAUUUCGGGGCUUACCUAUAGUGGUGCCAUAUUGAAUCCCAAGGCCUCAAUGUGAAUAGAAUGAGAAUGGGGACCGUGUGUUUUUAGAUGGUGUAUUAUUGUUAACAUUUGAGCUACAUUUUCAGUUAAUCUGGAUCUUAGGUUAUGUUUAUCUCAACUGAGAUACUAGCUAUUUUGCUUUGUAAUUCUCAGGCUUAAUUUUCACAUUCAGAUUAGUCACACUUUCUUUUUAGAUUAUUUGAAACUGUGACACAAUAUGAAAGUUGCUAAAUUGUUUCAAAAUUAAGUUGUCAUUUGAAACUAAUGAGACCUGUUUACCCUUCAAGUAGUGUACAUUUAAGAGUAUCUGACACUUUACCAAAUGUAUAUUUUAUAUGUUUGCGGUGUCCAUAACAUGCGCUGAAGGUUUUGCAUGGUCUAGUUCCUCUUUCUGAAGACAUAUACAAAGCAACCAGUGCAAUCUAAAUCAACAAUCUGCAACACAAUGUAACGACCAUCCAGGAAGUUGUUCAGAUAGUAGACAAAAUGACUGUUCUACUUCCUGUUGUUUGCAACAGCAUCUACUCUUAUUUACUAUGGUUAACUUAAAAACAGUCGUCUGUAAACUUUAAUAAUUAUAGAAGUGAAAAUUGUGUAUAUUAAGAAUUCAAAUGUUUGUUUUUCAGUAAAUUAAUGUGUUUUGACUUGCCUCUGAGGGUUGUCUGCUAAUGCUGAUGUUGAUAUUCCAACUUUUAGUAACCCUCCUGAGUCCCUGCACAGUUACUUGAUCUGUUGGAAACUGUGAUAUCAACACAGCUGUAUUUCAAGUCUGUAAUGAUGCCUUUGUUAUAAGCAUUUGUAAUGCACUUUGACUAGCAUAGAAAACUGAAAUGUUAUAAUUUGCCCUGUUUUGUUUGUACAGCAUUUGUGUUUCAAUUUAAAAUAUUGGGGUUAUGUGGGAGCUUACCUGCUGUGACCUCACUUAGGUGACGUAAAGCAGGAAUAGUAAUUACAUUUAAACAAUGGAAUGUGAAUAUUUAUGUUAUUAUUUCACCAACCUUCAUAACCAUUUCUCUGCUCUGGUACGAAAGGUUUGACAAUCAUUCUUUAGAUUUUAUAAUUAUUGUAUUGGCAUUGAGGUUCAAGUUUGUGAAAUUGACAUGUGGAUAUGACAUUGAACAAUAUGGAGUACAUUUGUUUUUUCAGGUUUUAGUGACCCUAUGACAACCUAAAAAAAAAAAUAUGUUUUAACUGAAGUUCAUUUUUUUUUUAAUAAUCAGUACUAGGACAGUGACCUUGGUGGUAUUAGACCUGUAAUGAUAUGAAUUAACUUCAUGAUACUGAGGAAACAGAAGUGCCAUAACUUCCCUACCAGUAUUAUUCUCAUAUUGGUUUUCAAGAUCACCACGUAGUUCAAUUAGGAUUUUUCUGCAAUUUAAAUCAUCUAAUUGAAUCAUUCUACUUUUGAUUUCUGCAUGUUCCCAGUGCACAUUUUACCAUGUCUUCUCAAUUCAGUUCUCAAUUCAGGGUUUUUGUAGAACAAAGUCAGACUUAUGUUCGUUGUUGGCAUUUUCAAAUAUAUAAUGAUUACUUUGUGUAUUUGAAUAUUUACCUUUCAGCCUUAAAGUAAACUAUGCUCUGUCCUCAUGUGUUUAUUUGCUCCCAAAAAUGUAGGACUUUAUUAUUUCAAUUGAAUUCAUUCUACAAUUCUAUUAUUCAAUCCAUGUCCCGUGUUGUUUUAUGGUCAUUCAAAGGUUUCACUGCAUUUUGGUUCUAAAAACAGGAUGUAUAGUAACAGGACUACGAAACCUGAAUUCAUUGUCUAAAAUUCAUCUGUAGUCAUUCAGUUUUCAUUUUCUUAUCUUCAAUGCCAAACUAUUUGGCCAAUAAUGUUUUCAUUCAGUUCAAUGCUUCUGUAGUCAAUACUGGUUUUAGCCUUAAAUGGAGGAAAUAUUACAGUAAUCUGCUGUAUAUAAAUGUUUUGUUUAUAUUAAACGAUUGUUACCCUU